UAUGGGUUAUGGGUUAUGAACGUCUCUGGCUCCCCCACGUUUUCCAAGUUCUUAAUCUUCUUUGAUUUUUGGUACAAUUGGGAGUGGUUAAUGGGUGGGUCGAGGUGGGCUCAACCGAUGUAGAACUGGCCCCAUCAUUUUCCCUCUCCUCUCUUCCUUGUUCGGCGACCACCUCGACGCGACGCUUGCAUCUCUGAUCGACCUUUAGCAGCGUUGACGAGCAUUCGUUAAGUGGGGGUGUACCCAGGCGAGCGAGCGACGGGCUCUCUCCCUCUCGCCUCUGGUGCGAGCAGCAACACACGAACGUUCUGGCGAUUGGAAAUUUCCGACCAGCGGCGACCCGAUCCACGGCACCCACGCUCUUCUGCGACCGAUCUCCUCCCUCUCUCACGGUGGCGACAGAGCUGUUUAAACACCUUCGAAGAUAUUUCGUUAAGGAUUGAAGCUGUUUUGGUGAGAAACAUUGGGUGGAAGCUAAUAAUUGAGUGAGAGAUGUCGUACUUGCUGCCGCAUCUUCAUUCAGGAUGGGCUGUUGACCAGGCAAUUCUGGCUGAAGAGGAGCGUCUUGUGGUCAUUCGUUUUGGUCAUGACUGGGACGAGACUUGUAUGCAGAUGGACGAAGUGUUGGCAUCAGUAGCAGAGACGAUCAAGAACUUCGCAGUGAUAUACCUUGUGGAUAUCACAGAGGUUCCUGACUUCAACACAAUGUACGAGCUGUAUGAUCCAUCCACUGUGAUGUUCUUCUUCAGGAACAAGCACAUAAUGAUAGAUCUUGGGACCGGAAACAACAAUAAAAUAAACUGGGCACUUAAGGAUAAGCAGGAGUUCAUAGAUAUCAUUGAAACAGUGUAUCGUGGAGCAAGGAAAGGACGCGGUUUGGUCAUUGCACCGAAGGACUAUUCAACCAAGUAUCGCUACUAACAUGUUUUGCUGCUGCUGCUGCAUCUGCUACUUCUUGUAUGUUUUGGAUAAAUUUGGUGUGUUAUUCUUAAGCUCUAAUUUUGAUUUUGUAGAGUAUAUAUUGAUAACAGUGGAAAUAAAAUAUUCAAAUACUACACAGACGGCAUCCAAAGCUACCCCAAUGGACAUUUCUUACAGUUUUCA